UUCCCACUCUGCUCUCUUCCCCCAUCUUUUCUAAAAUCUCCUCAGAAAUUACAUUCUUUUUCAUUUGUUCUUCGCAGUUUUGCAGACAGGGGAGCGCAUUCAAGUGUCAAACUCUCAGAUCAUAAGAAAACAGCUGGCCUUUGGCGAAGAGUAUCAAUUGAUGAAGAUGAUGGGCCAACACUGUUUCAUGAGGAGCACGUUCAGCAAUAAGCCCCCACACACCCAAAAGGAAUUAAAGAAGAAAAAAAGGAAACCAAACCAACUGAAAUCAUUACAAAGUAAACAAGGAAAGAUAAAAGAAACUAAACUAUGUGAUUCACAAUCACAAUGUCUCUUUACCGACACAAAGAACUCUGUUCAAUCUCAGUCAAAUUCUAACGAAAACUCCCAACCCUUUCGUUUUUCUUCUGUUUUUCCUUGUUUUGAAGGAAACCCAUCUCCAGAAAUGGGGAAAACUGGAACCAAGUUGCCAAGUUUCUGCCUGAACCGGAUCCGGCCUCACGUUCGAGUGCCUAUUCAGUCCAAAUUGGACUCUGUUUCUGUGAAAACCGGACCGAAGAAGGCUGAUGAUUGUGUAGAGGGUGGUGAGGUUGGAGCUAAGCCAGGGCUGGGAAAUGGAAGGAAGAUCAUGAUUGUGGUUGAUUCCACCAUUGAAGCUGAAGGAGCUCUAGGCGGUGGCGGUGGGGCAGUGGAGUAUUGCAUACAGAAUGCAAGCUGUAUGGCGAUUGCAGUGAGAAGGAAGAGCAAGAAAUUGGGUGGGUAUUUGAUCACGACAAAGCGACAAAAGGAUUUCUGGCUUUUGGCUUAAUUAAUUAGAAACCAAAAAUUGGUCUGAGUUGUGGUUUUGAACAUUGAAGGGUGUGGGUUGUAUAUAAUUGGCGGUGAUGAUUUGGGAAUCCUAUCUAUUAAUUGGUACAGCUUGAGUGUCCAAGAGUUUGGUCUAAUUUCUAAUUUCUUUAAUGGAUUGAUUUGGCUUCCUUCUUUUUUCCA